ACUUUACCAUCGUCUUUUCCACGGUCAGAAACAAGUUUGAUCAACUUUCAUUUCUCUCUUGAACCACCGACACUACAUUCUCUGUCAAUCAAAACCAAAAAGAACCCUAUAUCUCUAUCAACCCUAAUCUAGCCCUACUUCUUAGCUUUCUCUUCAAUUGGUACCAUCUCACAUCAAGUUACCGUUAGAAGCAAGAUUUGAAGAGGCAUGGAGAUAAAUUAGAACGUUGUGAAAUGAGUAUUUUGAAGUUUGCAUCAAUUGUGAGUUUCGAGAACAUCAAUCCCCUAAAUUUUACAUUAUCCGUUGUAUGUACAGGGGGAAAUGGUGUACGAAAAAUAUAUAAAUAGGGGUUAUGUUUUGUAAUUGAAAAGGAGGCAGUGAGAGAAAGAGAAAGUCCUCUAAUUAGUUUCAUUUGUUCUUUGGGUUCUAAAAGAGAUCAGUUGAGAAACAAAUCAAUUGGGUUUUUGUUGCUUCAAUGAACUUAUCUAUAAUUGAAUCUCAUUUGUCUCCUGUUUUCAUUAUGUGCUAAUUUCUUAAGCUAGGGUUGAUAUGAAACCCUUAAUCUAUUGCUAGAUAUUCAUAUUUUGAUGUUGUUCUUGAUGUGCUUUACUGAAUUAGGAAAUGUUUAAUCUUUGCACUGCAAUAUAUAACUUACACCUAGUAUGUCAUGCAUCCUAGGUUGUUAGAACAAUUGUAUGUUGUUGUAUUAGCUCAUGUUAAAUUGAAUACAUUAAUCUGUGAUUGGAUGUGCUGUAAUAGGACAUCUAAUACUAGGGAUUAAUACCUUAGUUGCUGUUAAAUUGUCCACAUUGAGAUCCCUUUGAUGAAGCGAAAGACUCGUAUCUCCAUCGCUGAUUCAGUAUAUGGGAAAAGAACAACUUCAUUGUUGAAUAUCUAGUAUAGUUUGAGUGGUGAAAUCAACUACCCUAGUACCACCCAUCAACUGUUUUAAAGUCUUUUUUUUGUUGUCGCGUUUUACAUUUAAAUAUUUCUCAAAACAAACUAUUUCGUCAUUUCAACACUCACCCGGUUUAAAUUAGUAUAGUAGAACUUAGAAAUUCAACUUCACACCAACCAAGUCAUCGUAGGAUCGACCCGUAUUUGCCGUUAUCUAUUUUCUAGACACCGUGCGCUUGCGGUUUGUAAUUGUAGGUUUCUAAUCCUAUCAAGUUUUUGGCACCGUUGCCGGGGACUCGGUAGCGAUGUAGCUGAAGUUUCUGACGUUACUCUACUUUUUUUUUCGUAUAAUCUUGUACAUAUGUGUUUAUAUUGUUAGUAUAAUCUGUUUGUCUUCUUGCAUUUUGUUGUUCGUCUGCCAUCAGUUUAAACUUAGUCAUUUCUCCGCAUGUGUAAUAUAAUUUCCAUCUCAUCUUUUUAUGCAUUUUCUGUAGCCUGCUAAUGUAGUUGUAGCUUAGUCCUGUUACAUACCUUCAUCUAUUUAGUUUUUCUUUUAAUUUACUUGCAUCUGGCAUCAUAUCAUUCUAAAAAAAAUAAAAAAAAAUCAGUUGUUUUCCUUGACUCUCUUAGCUUACAGUAGUGUAGCUCAUUUGUUUAUAUGAUCCGCAUUCAGUAACUGUAGGUUUAACAUUUCAGUCUAUUUCAUUCCCAUAAACUGCAUAAUUGUUCAUCUUAUAUCUAGCUAAGUUGUCAGCAUCUGCCACCAAACUCAUUCUGCAGCUUUAGUUUGUAAUUUUGUAACUCAGUUGUGUUCUGUUAGGUUCCUUCGUUUUUGACGUUUUAAGUGUUUAACCAUCUGUAAAUCUCCAUCAGUAGCUUAGUCUUAUAGGAAAUCUGUAGGCCAUUGUAGUUUAACUGUUUAUCUUUACUCCAUCCGUAUAAACUUCAUCAUAUUUUUUGCAUUAGAUGUAGUUUUAAACUCUGUCAUAUAAUCUGCAUUGUUUUGUUAGUAUUACUCUUAGUUUUAAUUCAUCACUGCAUUUAGUUAAGUUUCUGUCAGUUCCUGUCACUUGCAUUUUUGUUUUUCUUCCAUUGCUAGUGCAACUUAGCUGUUAAAUCCAUCUAUAUAUCUUGCAUCGUGUUCCUGUUAAACUGCAGUAGUGUAGCUCAUUUGUUUAUAUGAUCCGCAUUCAGUAACUGUAGGUUUAACAUUUCAGUCUAUUUCAUUCCCAUAAACUGCAUAAUUGUUCAUCUUAUAUCUAGCUAAGUUGUCAGCAUCUGCCACCAAACUCAUUCUGCAGCUUUAGUUUGUAAUUUUGUAACUCAGUUGUGUUCUGUUAGGUUCCUUCGUUUUUGACGUAAGUGUUUAACCAUCUGUAAAUCUCCAUCAGUAGCUUAGUCUUAUAGGAAAUCUGUAGGCCAUUGUAGUUUAACUGUUUAUCUUUACUCCAUCCGUAUAAACUUCAUCAUAUUUUUUGCAUUAGAUGUAGUUUUAAACUCUGUCAUAUAAUCUGCAUUGUUUUGUUAGUAUUACUCUUAGUUUAAAUUCAUCACUGCAUUUAGUUAAGUUUCUGUCAGUUCCUGUCACUUGCAUUUUUGUUUUUCUUCCAUUGCUAGUGUAACUUAGCUGUUAAAUCCAUCUAUAUAUCUUGCAUCGUGUUCCUGUUAAAAUUUGUCGUCUCUUGCUGUAACUUAGUAGCAUCCUAGUUAUGUAGCAGCAUCUGUAAAUAUUAAAUUUUAAUCAUUUCAUCUCUGUCUCUUUUGACUUUGCUGAUAGCACCCUGGGUUGAAAGCAGUUUGAUCUAUUCUGCUCAUCUAUCUGUCGAGCAAAGUCACUGACGUGCUGUAGAUUCCUCUCACAGUUCAUCAUACUAAUUGCCUAUGCUGUCUUUUCCUUGCUUUAUCUGUCCAUUUUUGAGAAACUAAGACUUUCUGCUGAGUUAUCAGGUGCCUGCAAUACUGUUACGAGCAACAAGGAGGUGGAGAGGAAGGAGCAGCAUCAUACUCAAACCUCUUUUGCAAUUGUUAAACCAUGAUAGUCUGGCACGCUAGCUGACCUACUAAGCAUAAUUCUGCGAAGACUGAAAAACAUCUGCGUUUCGAAUUUGUAGUUUCACUGUGCACCUGUUAAUCUCAGCAGAACUCAUAUCUUUUUACAUUCGACGAUUAUCACACGUCUUUCUUUCCCUGCUCAGUAUUAGUGUUGAUAUAUCCUUGCUUCAGCUGUAUAAUUCUGAGUACUGAAAUUCUUUUUUGAGUAACCAGGUGCCUGCAAAAUUGGAUCGAGCCACGGACAAGGAGAAAAAGGAGCAGAACAAUCUGUGGAAAUGCCUAAACCUGGUUUAAUACCAGCGGUAUCGUAUUCUCAAACUUGAAGUUCUGACUUGAAUAGUGAUAGGUAGUAAAUAAAGCUUGGAUCCUUAGAAGAGGAGAUAAGGAGCAGAGAAAUGGUGGCCAGAGACAACCAGGAACAAAUUGGCAUGGAGAGUGAAGGAAAAGUAUCACACAAAAGUUGCGCAAUCCGCUUGGCUGAACCAAAUGGUGGGCUUGGAAGAAAAAUUAUCGAAAGACCCAAUACCUUAGCCCACUUCCAUCUCUAAACAUCAAGCUUGAUGCUCCUGCGCAACACCCAGCAACACUUCCACACGGUACACCAAUAAUCGAUGUAACUGCUCGACACCGAAUCACCUCAUCUUUUCUAUUCAAUUUCACUAAUCGACCAGAAACCUAACUCCAUCUUCCCCAUAUCUGUGUACUCAACCACCACCAUUCUCACCCUCUCCAUGUACUCCAUCUCCCAUCUGAAGCCAACCCCUCUUUGUACAUGAUCUGCCUUCACCAUCAAUACCAAUCAAACCAUGUCUCUCCCUCAUCCUAUUUUAUCUCAAACAGUAACCCUAGCUAGGGAAAUUCAUAGGUUGAGUAAAAUUGUACCAUUCAAGGAAGAGAAGAAAUCUGAAAUUGUCAAAGUAAAGUGAAGAUUUCCGUAUGAAAUCAGUUUGAAGAUUCUCAAUUCCAGUAUGGUAUGUGAUGUCAAUGGAGCAGUUGAAGGCAAUGGAGUAUCUGUUGUAUUUGGUACCUGCGAUAUUGUUGUGCAAUCCAAGGAAAAGCAGAAAAAGGAGCAGGACAAAUUGUUGUAGUGCCUAAACCCGGUUUAUACCGGCGGUAUUGUAUCUCAACCCUUGUUUUACCCGAAGAUUGUGUGAGUGGUAUAUCAUAUUUGACUGAUAAAACUAGUUGAUUUACAUAACCCUGUCAAAACCCCUACAUCGUAUAACCACUUUGCAUGAUCCUGUGACACUUGAGUAACUUAUUUGCUAUUGAAUUGUUAUUUCACUGUGCUUAUCAUCUCUGCAAAAGUUCUGUGUCUGUGUGCCUGAGUCCGCGAAUCUGUUUAUCAUAAGCUUCAUCUUUCGCCCGACUUUUGUACUUGUUGAUAUUUCUGGGUGUUAUAACAUGUUGAAUGGUGUGUCUGCUGGGAUAUGAUUGUUUCUUUUCGUGACCAAACUAACCGUCUAGUUAGGAUUCAGCGAGAGGACAUAGUCGAAAUCCCCAUUUCUGUAGUAGAUACACCUGUCCAAGUUGAGAAAAUGGGUGAUGAUAUCAGUCGGCCCCGUACUCUCCAUGAGUACAUGUAUCCCACAAGAACAAGUCAGUUAUCAUGUAUUGUCUUACCCCAGACUGAUGGUCCAUUUGAAUUGGAUGCAAGCAUGAUACAAAUGCUUCCAAUAUUUCGAGGGGUUGAAUCUGAAAACCCCUAUCAUCAUGUUAGAGAGUUUGAACAAAUCUGUCGGACUAUGCAGUUUGAAAAUAUGUCCGAGGACUCUCUAAAGUUGUGUUUGUUUACGUUUUCGUUAAAAGAAAGUGCCAAAUCAUGGUUUUACCGUCUGAGACCGUAGUCAAUCACUUGGGACCAACUCACAACAAAAAAUUUCAAAAAGUUCUUUCCAUAUCAUAGAAUCAUCAGCAUUCGUCAAAGUAUUAAUUGUUUUGUCCAGUUAAAUGGAGAAACACUUUUUCAUUACUUUGAACGGUUUAAUGAUUUAUUGUUUGAGUGUCCUCACCAUGGCUUUGAGAAGUGGAGACUGGUCGCAAUUCUUAUGAAGGAUUAGACUUUAAUUCUCGAGUCAUGGUUGAGUCUAUGUGUAAUGGUGAAUUCAUUGAUAAAACUGUGGAUGAUGCAUGGUCAUUUUUAGCUGAACUAGCAGAACAAACCCAUCAAUGGGAACCCAUUAGGGAAACCAUGAUACUAUCACAUGAUAUGGGUAACUCCCAUGAGUUAGAGUCUGAUUUUGACUCUAAUACAAACAUGAAUUGCAUGACUAGGAGAGUCGAAGCUCUAGAAAAAUGUAGAAAUGCAAAUGUUAUUGUCCCUAGGUCCUGUACCCAAACUGAACUCCAUGUUUGUAUGUCGUGUGAUAGCUCAGAUCAUUUGAUUGAAAACUGCCCUGAAUUGCAUGGCCUGAGGCAAUCUAGAACACAUCAUGUUGAUGCUCUCUAUGACACACAAGACACCCACUCACAGACUUGCACUCCAGAAUGGAAAAAUCCCUGUUACAAUGAUGAUGAUGAAUUAAAUUUUGAAAAUAGUGUGUCCAGUCCUACUCGUGCAACUGAAAAUGAAUAUGAACCUCAUGUAGAGAAAAAUGAGUGGACUAAGGACAUCAAAGCUGUUAAUAGGGAAGAGUAUGUGGAUUACUCUGAUUAUGAUAUGAGGUUAGAGGAUCUAGUUCUGCAUGAAGAUUCAAUUUUGGAGUCAUGUGACUCUAAAUUGUUAGACCAUAGUGUAGAGACCUCCAUUGAUAAUGUCUCUUCUAAUGUUGAUAUUCAUCGCAAUCAAUAUCCUGAUGAUUUUGGUACUGAUUUGGGUCUUGUGCAAUUGUUUUGUGAAAGUGAGCAUGUUACACAACUUGUUUGUCACUUAGGGAAUGCUGAAUUUUUUGUCGACACCAAUGAUAAUAUGCAUGAAAAUAACUUUGAUGUGUCUGAUUCCCUGCCUAGGUUACAACAUGAUGUUUCUUCUGGUUUCCUUAUGCAUGAGACUGAAAUUUUUGAUGAUGAUGAUUCUGAGUUGGGAUUUGUUGGUUUGUUCAAUGAAUAUGAGCAUGAUAUUGCACUUGUUUCUGACUUAGGGAGUGUUGAAUCGUGUAAUGAUACAGAUGAAAAUAACCUAGACAGAUUUGAUUCCCUGCUUAAGUCACAACAUGAUUGCCUUAAUGUCGGCCGAGAGCAUAUUAAACCCACUUUGUGGACAGUUCCAAGCCUUGGGUUAGAUUUAUGUGCUUCACAAGUCCUCUUGGACUAUUUUUCGGCAAAAUAUGAUACCUUUGAGGAGCCACGGUUGGAAUGUGUAUCUCUGCCCGUCCCUUACAAUGUCCACUAUGAAUUAGACCUUGUGCAUAAUGCACCCCUGAAAUUGGUAGAUUUUGUGUCCAAAAGUAUCUCUGUUGAAAAAUCCAGGUUUAGGGGUGGCACAUUUGGUUUUGCAGUCUUACUUGCACUUUCAUGUUACAUAUGUGUAAGAUUGUUGAUGUUUAUCCAUGUCAUUGUUUGGGUUGAUCCUCAACUUUUUAGGCUAUAUAUAUAUGGUGAAUUUUCUUUGUAUAUAAUCCAGUAGGUAUAUGUUCAAUUUCUCUAUCUCGAGUCAGUCGAGUCUUAUUUCUCUUUUCUUGUAUAUAUUGUGCUAAUCCAAUAUGCUAUCAGCUGAGCUCUUGUUGGAUUCUAGCAUUGAAUAAUGGAGUUCAAAACUUGCUUUCGUCGACAUCCGGUAAUAUCUUUCCUUUUCUCUACUUAGCAUGGUUCUCAUGGUAUGUUGCAGUUAUAAUUUUGUUUAUCUUUAGAAACAUUGAGGACAAUGUUUAGUCUAGGUUUGGGGGUGAAUAGUAGAUACCAUGUUACUGUCACUGUCUUAUAAUUGAAUCUGAACUCUGCCCUAAAAAAAUGAAUAAAUAGUUGAGCUCAUCUAUAUUGAUCUGUGAUGCCUGCACAUAUCUACUAUAUUAGGGUUCUCGAUCUAGAUGAUGAGGCACUCGUUUGAUAACUUUCUGAUUCUAGCACUACAACAUGUGAGUUCGAUUUAUAUUUUUUUGAAACUUUUUGAACAUGUGAUCUGAAAUGCACUUGCACGUUCUAUCAAGCAUGUAUAGCGUCUGAUUUGCAUAAUCCGGUAGACUGCCAGUCAUCUAGAAUACCGAUGUUGCCUCUUGUUAUAAUGUUAUUGUAAUGUAUCUUUUUGUUUUAUGAAAAGUCGUAUCGUCGUUGUAUCAUCUUGUCUUCGUGACUCCUUAUUACAAAAAAAAAAAAGGAAAAGAAAAGAAAAAAAUACAGAAAGCUUCGAAGCAAAAAGAAAAGAAAAAAAAGAAAGAAAAAUCAGAAAAUAGUCAAUGUAAAUGUAAAUGUAAAGAAAAAAAAAGAAAGAAAAUAAAGAAUUGAUCCAUAAAGUCAGUAUUUCUUGCUUCAAAGUUGUCAAUGUAAAUAAUCAGUCAAUGAGUAUGUUGUAAUUAGUCUUUGCAUUUGUAUUGUAAAUAGUCUUGUAAUAAGCAAAGUGGGGGUGUAGCUAGCUUGCCUUUGAAUCGGUUCAACUAUCUCUUAGUAUUGGCAGUCAUGACUUAGGUUGAUAAAUCAGUUUCUAUGCAUGCUCAUGAUAGAAUUACACUGUACACUCUUAUCGCAUAUUAACUAUUCGAACUCUUGGAUUUCAAAAUAUUUUUUGUGCUGGAAUCAGUGUGUGUCACUUGUACCCUUGAAAGCUAGAUUGACAUAUCCAUUUUGUUGUGAACUAAUCUCAGAAUUGCAGGUGACACAGUUCAUACAAAGCGAGCUCUCUUUUGACCUAGAAAUUUGUGGGUAUGUUCUAAGCAAACCCUCACGAGACUUCAACUCGUCCACUAGAGACACUUAGUGGUUUAAAAGGCUUAUUGCAUUCGCUAAAUGCAAUCGAGAGACCAGCGACAGUGGUAUAGGUAGUAAAUAAAGCUUGGAUCCUUAGAAGAGGAGAUAAGGAGCAGAGAAAUGGUGGCCAGAGACAACCAGGAACAAAUUGGCAUGGAGAGUGAAGGAAAAGUAUCACACAAAAUUUGCGCAAUCCGCUUGGCUGAACCAAAUGGUGGGCUUGGAAGAAAAAUUAUCGAAAGACCCAAUACCUUAGCCCACUUCCAUCUCUAAACAUCAAGCUUGAUGCUCCUACGCAACACCCAGCAACACUUCCACACGGUACACCAAUAAUCGAUGUAACUGCUCGACACCGAAUCACCUCAUCUUUUCUAUUCAAUUUCACUAAUCGACCAGAAAACUAACUCUAUCUUCCCCAUAUCUGUGUACUCAACCACCACCAUUCUCACCCUCUCCAUGUACUCCAUCUCCCAUCUGAAGCCAACCCCUCUUUGUACAUGAUCUGCCUUCACCAUCAAUACCAAUCAAACCAUCUCUCUCCCUCAUCCUAUUUUAUCUCAAACAGUAACCCUAGAUAGGGAAAUUCAUAGGUUGAGUAAAAUUGUACCAUUCAAGGAAGAGAAGAAAUAUGAAAUUGUCAAAGUAAAGUGAAGAUUUCUGUAUGAAAUCAGUUUGAAGAUUCUCAAUUCCACUAUGGUAUGUGAUGUCAAUGGAGCAGUUGAAGGAAAUGGAGUAUCUGUUGUAUUUGGUGAGUGAUUGACAUCUCAAUUCCCUAAUUUCAAACUCUAAAUUUCAGUUUUGCUGUUGAGAAAUUAGAACCCAAUUUUGGGUGAAAUUGGUGUAUAAAUAGAGAGGGGUUUGUGAUGUAAAAUACAUGCCCGGAGUAGCCGGUACACCAAGCUCUAGUAGUAAUUUAGGUUUUCUAUCUUCAACACUUUCAAUGUUUAAUUUUCUCUUUGGGUUUAGAUGAAACCCCUAAAUAAAUAGAUUAUCUUUUUUUGAUUU